AUGGAGAAGAUAAUCGCCGACCCUACACCAGUGGACGAUGCUAUAGGUAUUGCUGAACAUAGUCCGGUGAAGCGUUCUUUGAAGCGAAAGUAUGAGGAACUAGAAGAAGACGAGAAUACGUCCGAAGUCUUCCAGACCCUCGAUCAAGUUAAAUCCGACCGAGUGACCCGAAGUCGAGUAAAAUCUACCAAGCGAGAGACCGCUUCCAACACUGUCACCAGUACAUCUAUCGACCCUGCCGAGGCACAUGCGAACAAGCCAGAACCGCAUGGUCAGCCAUUGGCCUGGGCUGACAAGAGAGCAGCCCUAAAUGAUGCACUGCCAUAUUUCAAAUCGCAUCAAGGCGGCGUGUAUUCAGCGGGGCUAAUGCCCAAAGGCAUGCUCAUAGAUGGAAUUGUAGGGACGCGUGAUCAUUUUUCUAGUCAGGUUAUAGUUACUUCAAUUGGUGGUGGCCGAGUUCUAGAUCCGGUUACCAAGAAGAUGAUCAGGAUCGAAGAUCAAGGGGAUGAUGGCAAGAAUUAUAAGGCUUUGAUGCGGGCUUGGGAAGCAAAGCACCCCUUCGUGAUGGUAGCUGGAGCGCGCAACACUAUGUUCCCGGUCAAACCUCCCCAUUCCUAUAAUGUUCUUGACUAUUUUCAUAUUACAGAUAUCUGGCAAGAAAAAACCAAGGAGCCCCAGAGACAAGCGGUGAUGAUUUAUAUGGUCCGCUUGGAAAAGGUCAACUUGACUAACAGAUCUUGGUGGGCUCCAAGAGAUGUUAGUGGUCCCGAAGCGGGUGAAUUUGGGGUUGGUGAAUACUCCUGCACAUCUAUCGUUUGCACGACUUGCCAAAACCCGAGCAAGGAGAUUUUCGAGCAAGGUUGGACCUGUCUUAACAGCCAAUGCGGGAGAUUCUUUGAGUUUGCUACCACAUUGGACUUCAACGAGCUGAAGUAUAACAACGCCUUCUUACGAGAGAGAUCCAAGUACAGCGGUAUUCCGAUCGAGAAUGAUCUCAUUCCUGCGCUACCCUCUGAUGGAGAAAACACUUUUGGCAGCGAAAAGGAGUAUAAACAAGGAAUCCUUUGUCCUAAGUGCGGCUGUUGCAGCAGGAGAAUAAAGUGGGAUGGCUGGUAUUGCGAGAAUGCAGAAUGUGAUUUCACACAUACAGUCCCCAUCAAAAUGACUCCCCUCGAUCGUAUCAAGAGUGAGAACAAGAAUGCGAAGAGCAAAAAGAAUAUUCCUAUAACCCAUUGCGACCCUUGUGUUGAAGUUCACAAGACGACUAUAGGAGGACAGAAGCUUAAGACUUUUUUCCUCCUAAAUGAGAAUGGUGGUCAUUGUAUUGGGACUAUCACCCGCAUUAGGCCGACAGAAGAGGCCAUUUCAAGAGAAGGUGGCCUUAACGACCUAUAUUUACAUUUGCAAAAGGAAGACCUAAAACUAGAGAGAAGACCAGCAAAGAAUCCUGGCUGUCGAGUUGAAGAGUUGACCUCCCACUUCUCUGGGAAUUUCGGUGCUCCGUACAAGUUUGGAGUAGUCGUAAAGACCACAACUAGUUUCGAGGACGCACCCACUCCAAUAUUAGAGACUCUUCUCCGACUGACUUGGGGAGGAAAGGCAGCCGUUGAAGCCUCGGGUAAACUCAUCCGGGACAAGAAAAUCAACGUCCUAGGAGAUUCAAUACCAAGCGGAUUUGAAGCGUAUAAUGAACAGCUGGUUCUUGGAUAUUUCGAAAAGUCAAAAAUCAGUGCCCACGACGACGGUGAGAAAGAACUCGGGCCGAAUGUUGCAUCCCUCUCCCUUGGAUCUCCUUCGGUGAUAAAAUUUUCCCCCAAGAAAGGAAAAGAUAUUGGGGGAAACAAAGAUAUAAACAAGAAGAGGAGAGGGUCGGUCUUGUCAGUGAAGCUGAAGCAUGGUGACAUGCUGGUCAUGCAUGGAGAACAAAUCCAGAAACUAUAUCUCCAUGCCGUCGAACCGCGUGGAAAACAUCGAUUUGCCUUGACUUGUCGACACAUCCGGCCAGAUACCAUUCCCGAUGAAGAACAGCGCAUUCUAUCUAUCACUACUGGGAAAGUCCCUGAUCGAUGGGCUGCCAUUAGGUAUAACGGAGAAGAAGACCAGUUCGAAUCCCGUGCUACUGGAGAAGUUGUAGCCUGCCCUGGAACUGUUGUAGGAAGUACUGAGUCUCCUCAAAAUCCGGCACCAUCUGAAUACACCAACGGCGCUGAGAGUGAUUCUGUUCUCACGGUUUAGAUUUUUAUCAUAUACAGCAAGUUCUAAAGGACCGACUACUGACAAAGCUUCGCCUACCAUCACCAACAAUUCUAUCUCGUUUCGUCUUGCUAUAGCACCCCUUAGGUCCCUGAAGCAAUCAGGAACUAGUCGAAUAUUAUCAAAUGUCGCAAGUGGACUUCUUUUUGUUUCACUACUUAGAAUUACGCCCCAAGUUUAUUUAUUGCAUCUACUCAAUUUUCUUUUCGCUUUGGCACUAGUUUUUCUCAAGUCACAGGAGAAGUUUCAUUAUGUGGGAGGAGAUGGACUAUGCGGUGCUGCAGUGAUCUCUUUUUAACGAUCUCGGCAUUAGCAACUACGUUAACGACUUCAUGCUUUACGU